AUGCACGCCGCGGCCACCAAGCUUCUCCUCGUCUUCCUCUUCACAUCCAUGGUCAUCAUCUCCCAUGCAUCAUCCCUACGCUUCCACUACAUCAACCGUCACAACUUCACCACCAAGACGAGAACCUCCUCUUCCUCCCCGUCGUCGUCGUCUUCUUCCCACGGCAGCCGCGACCGCCGCCCUUCGUUCGCAUUAGUGCGCCGCGACGCAGUCACCGGCUCGACGUACCCCUCGCGUCGCCACGCGGUGCUCGACCUCGUGGCCCGUGACAAUGCACGCGCCGAGUACCUCGCGAGCCGCCUGUCCCCGGCGUACCAGCCGACGGACUUCUUCGGCUCGGAGUCGAAGGUGGUGUCGGGGCUCGACGAGGGCAGCGGCGAGUACUUCGUCCGCGUCGGGAUCGGCUCGCCGCCCACGGAGCAGUACCUCGUGGUGGACUCCGGCAGCGACGUCAUCUGGGUGCAGUGCAAGCCGUGCCUGGAGUGCUACGCGCAGGCGGACCCGCUCUUUGACCCCGCCACGUCGGCGACCUUCUCCGGCGUGUCGUGCGGGUCGGCCAUCUGCCGGACGCUGCGCACCUCCGGGUGCGGCGACUCGGGCGGCUGCGAGUACGAGGUGUCCUACGGGGACGGGUCGUACACCAAGGGCGCGCUCGCGCUGGAGACGCUCACGCUGGGCGGCACGGCGGUGGAGGGCGUCGCCAUCGGCUGCGGCCACCGCAACCGCGGCCUCUUCGUCGGGGCGGCGGGGCUGCUGGGCCUCGGCUGGGGCCCCAUGUCGCUGGUCGGGCAACUCGGCGGCGCGGCCGGCGGCGCGUUCAGCUACUGCCUCGCGAGCCGCGGCGGCUCUGGUGGCGCCGACAACGACGCCGGGUCACUGGUGCUCGGGCGGAGCGAGGCGGUGCCGGAGGGCGCCGUGUGGGUGCCGCUCGUGCGCAACCCGCAGGCCCCGAGCUUCUACUACGUCGGCGUGUCGGGGAUCGGCGUCGGCGACGAGAGGCUGCCGCUGCAGGACGGCCUGUUCCAGCUGACAGAGGAUGGCACCGGCGGAGUGGUGAUGGACACGGGCACGGCCGUGACGCGGCUGCCGCAGGAGGGGUACGCGGCGCUGCGCGACGCGUUUGUGGGCGCCGUGGGCGCGCUCCCGCGCGCGCCGGGCGUGUCGCUGCUUGACACGUGCUACGACCUGAGCGGGUACACCAGCGUGCGCGUGCCCACCGUGUCCUUCUACUUCGACGGCGCCGCCACGCUGACGCUGCCGGCGAGGAACCUGCUGCUGGAGGUGGACGGCGGCAUAUAUUGCCUAGCGUUCGCGCCGUCGUCGUCGGGCCUGUCCAUCUUGGGGAAUAUACAGCAGGAAGGGAUCCAGAUCACCGUCGACUCGGCCAACGGAUACAUUGGUUUUGGACCCGCCACCUGCUAG